GAGCACGAAGAAGAAACUGCGCGCCACGUUUGAUUGUUUGUUUUGAAUCUGAAGCUGAAAGAUGAUUUUCUGGACUUUAUUUGAUGAAAUGUUUGUUUUUUCGUUGUUUAAACUCCUGAUUUCAACGAGGAUUGUUCUGGAGUGACUUUAAGAAGCCCUUCUUCUCUUCAGACAGCUCUGAUUCCCCGACGUCUCCUCCCCCUGUAGUUCCACUGAAGAGAUGUUUCACGCUCCAGCGCUGUGUGCCAGUUCAUCCGUAAGCCAUGCCUUUAUUUUGAAACCACUAACCGGAAGUGGUUUAUGUGCGCACCUGGUGGCUUGAGGCAGACUCAGUCCUCUUAAGAACUCAGUGACACGCAGCACCGGCUCAUUGAAAACCUCUCAGUCCAGCUGUCAGUCAGUCCUCCACACAGACUCAGAGUUUAAUCAGGGACCAGAACUUAGUUUGGUCCUGUAGUCUGAUACAGUCAGAGACCCUGUCCUCACCAAGAGGUCUCCUCCAGUCUCACCUGUCUCAGGUAUCAUGCCUUUAAUCGAGCUCGUCCCGGACGCGGAUUUGGAGCGCCUGGCUCUGGAGCGGGUUGUCCCGGCUCUGCUGUCCCGGGGGUUUUACUAUGUGGACGGACUCCUCGGGGAGCUGGUCGGGGACGCGGUCCUGGACCAGGUGAAGGAGAUGCACCUCUCCGGGACCCUGCAGGACGGCAGGCUGGCGGGCUCCGUACCCGGGAUCCACCGGAGGAGGAUCAGAGGGGACCAGAUCGCCUGGGUCAGCGGGUCUGAGCGAGGCUGCGAGGCGGUCUGCGUCCUCCUCAACGUGGUCGACAAGUUGGUCUCCCUGUGUGCGGGCAGGCUCGGGGGCAAGGCCAUCAGGGAGAGGUCUAAGGCCAUGGUGGCGUGCUACCCUGGGAACGGGGCGGGUUACGUCAAACACGUGGACAACCCGAACUCCGACGGACGCUGCAUCACCUGCAUCUACUACCUCAACAAGGACUGGAACCCCAAGGAGCACGGGGGAAUCCUCCGAAUCUUCCCAGAGGGGAAAUCCUACGUGGCCGACAUCCAGCCGCUCUUCGACAGGCUGCUCUUCUUCUGGUCCGACCGCAGGAACCCCCACGAGGUGCAGCCUUCCUACGCCACCAGGUACGCCAUCACAGUUUGGUAUUUUGACUCUAAGGAGAGAGCUGAGGCCAAGAGACGCUUCAAAGACUUGACAGCGUCCACUCUGCAGCAUGAAGGCACCUCCAGCUGAUCAUCGUCGUCAUCGCCUGAUGUUUGAUUCUCUAAACCUGCAGGAGAGGACGGCAGCAGGACUCCUCCUCACCUUCACAGCUCCUGAGAGGCUGAAAGAAGAAACCACAAACACAAAGUUUUGAGGGGGGUUUCCUGCGUUUCCCCAAAACCCGCUUCCUUUCAGCAGCGAGGCUCGUGAGAACCUCCAGCCUGCAGCGCUGCAGCCUGACUCGUGAUGAAGUCAAUCUACAGCAUGCUUGGGACUUUCCCCCCCGCUGGUCUACACGAGGACUUCUGAGAGCUCUGCUGAGACGAGGAAGAGCGGACUGCACCUUUAAAGCCUUGAAAAGGAGGCCAACAGUUUACAGAGAGACUUACUUACAGACUGUGUUAGCUGAGAUAUUUCAUGCUGUAUAUGUUUGAUGUCUUUCUGGAUCUGUGGAACAAACUGGGAGGAGUUUGUGUUUGAAGAGGAACAUUAAUGUGACUGAGGGUUCAUGAAGUCUGAGAACACCCUGACCAACGUGUAGGAGCUUUCAUAUCUUCAAAGUUUAACCUCAGAGCUUCAAAAUAUCACAUUAAGUCAAAGAAAGACUGUGAGCUUUGAAUGUCUAAUUAUCAGCCUUAAAGGGCCAGUGCGCCACUUUUUACCCAUGUUUACUUUAUGGAAAGAUAUCAAAUUAAAGCUCCUGAGAGGACGCUUCAGUGUGUUGGAUUUGGCGCCCCCUGUGGACAAAGCAGCACAUUGCACCUGCUAUAAUAAAGUGAAUGCUGCACACUGAAAUCUUUACUUUAUCAUAAGAGAUCCUUCAGUUUGGUGAAUAAGGGCCUUUAAGUGUUUGAAAUAUUGGAUUUAAGGCAACUUUAAGUGAUGAUGUCAUUUGUUUGGCGGCUGAUCUGAGCUGUUAGAUGUUCUUCACGUGACAUAAAGAGGUGACUUCUCUUAUUUUUGGGGGGAUCCGUUUGUUAAGUCUGAAUCUGUGUUUCACUCGACUGAGUUUUUGUGUUCCUGAUUGUAAAAAAUGGCCGCCAGCGCUCUGUGAAACGCUGCAUGAGGAAGGACGAAGAAGGAGACAGAUUCCACUGAUGCAGCAGAUUUGUCGCUUGGCGUGUGAAGCGGCUGUCACAGAGCGGGCGUACGGGAGCGGUGGAUGAAUAAUUGAUGCCGGGUUCAAACGGCUCUUUGGAGACGUUAUUGAGUCCUGAAAGAAAAGCAGACUUUAAAUCUGUUGUUUCAGGAGGAGAGCGUUACGGCGUUACUCUCAAAAACAAGGUGUGGUGUGUGAACGCUCCUGAUUAUCACAGAGUGUUAACAGACAUGUUGAAUAAAAAACUUCUACAACAAA